AUGGGGUUCACAGGAGGGGUUCUUGGGUCGGCACUGGGUAAGCGAAGACGAAAGUCUGGAGAAAUCCAAGAUGAAGCGAUGGAUGGAAAACCUUCGUGGCUAAAACCGGCUGCACGGAGAAGUGCCGCUUGGGCCCACGAGGGACAGGCGCGCCGGCAAGUGGGAGAGAUAGCAAAAGGCGAAUUGCGACUGGGAGACGGGGAUGAGCUGCCGCCGAAGAGGUCUGGAAAACCUGCACCUGCAGGCAGGCAGGCAGAUGGAGCGCAGUAA